UAUCAGCAGAGAGGAACACACGAGUGCUGAACGACUGUACGUGUUGUGCUCGCCUGCUGCGGACGCUUGUGUUUGUUUGCUGACUGAAGUGUUGUUCUGUCUGCACCGCGCCAAGGGAAAUCGCCACCUAACAAAGCCCCGACUGUGUGCGGUCCAGCAACUGGAAACAGGAGAGCGAGUCAGAAAGUGUAAGGAGAAACACUUUGGGGCUCUACUGCAGAUGCAAUGCCAAGAGUUCACGCUCUAACGGAUGCCGCUUACCUGUAGUACGUCUUAAAGCCGGCGCAACAGAGGACGGGACAAUCUGAUCGCUGACUUCGCAAGCUGCAUGGGGGUUCUAGUGUGUUGUGACUGCUUCUUUUACAGGAAAUCCAAAACGAAGCCAAAUGGAAAGAAAGCGCCCGCUGAAGAGAAGAAGCACUACUUGGAGCCAGAGUACACAAAAGUGCGGGUCGUGGACUUCGACCUGAAAGAUUUGGUGGCGCUUCCCACCAGAGAGAUCGACCUCAACGAAUGGCUCGCCAGCAACACAACAACCUUCUUCAAUCUCAUAAAUCUGCAGUAUAGCACAAUCUCAGAGUUUUGCACUGGGGACACGUGUCAAGCCAUGACGGCCUGUAAUACAAUAUACUACUGGUAUGAUGAAAGGGGGAAGAAGUCAAAGUGCACAGCACCUCAGUAUGUCGACCUCGUCAUGACUUUUGUGCAGAAAUUAGUGACGGACGAAGAAAUCUUCCCCACAAAAUAUGGCAAAGACUUUCCCAACUCGUUCGAGUCUCUGGUGAAGAAGGUCUGCCGGUACCUGUUUCACGUGCUGGCUCACAUCUACUGGGCUCACUUUAAAGAGAUGGUGGCUCUAGACCUGCAAGGACACUUGAACACACUGUACGCACAUUUCAUGGUGUUCGUCAGAGAAUUCAACCUUGUCGACCCCAAGGAAACCUGCAUCAUGGACGACCUGUCGGAGGUGCUGUGCGCCCCGCUGCCGCCCCACACACACAACCACGUGACCGAGAGAUGAGCCUCGGGCCUCGGACUCGGGGACGACGACGAAACGUGCGAGGCCUCCUCGGACGGGCCCCUCCGUCACUAUUUCUCAAGAGAACUGUUGAAAAGAUGGGGCCGAGGGCCGGCGGUCUGCAAUUCUCGUACCAGCACAGAUUGGCGUGAAUGUUUCCCACAGGAUGAAACAAUCUGUCUCCAUUCUCAUUUAUACAAGAACUGUUUGUAUUUUAAUUUGCGUUUUUAUUAUCAUUUCCGCGCAUGCGCUCUCGGAGGUUUUCGUUUUUUCUUUUAGGGAAUGGUGUUUUUUUGGCUCGGCUCUCAUCAGUGCCUUAGAUUUAUAGCUAAGGUAUUGUUUGUUUAUAUGCAACGACGUUUCGAUAUUAUCAUUGACCUCUGGCUCCCCCUUGUGGAGGGAGCGACGUCACAUACCGACUGACUGUUUAUGAUCUCUCCAGCCUUAUUUCUCAUAAAACUAGCGCAAAAUAUCUCUUUUUCAUAUUCUAGCCAUCGUUAUCCACGUUCUUUCAAUCAAUUAGCUUUUUAAGAUGACGUUUAAAGGGUUUGAUGGUUUGAAUGAUGCUUUGGAGAAAGUCUGGACUCGCUUUCGUAGGUUUCCGACAAGGAUAUUAGCGAUAUCUGCUGACGCGGACUGAUAUUGUUGCAUGGCAGUUGACUUGCUGUGUUGCAUCGAUGAGCACAUCCUCCAGCGUCGCAACUUUUUUGUGACUUAUUUCACUUUCUUCCUUUAAGUUAUGUUAUCGGAGGUCAUGAAUAUUGUGUGUUGAAAAUGCACAUUACGUUUUUCUUCCCCAAGAAAUAGAUUGUAACUAUAUUAAGAAAAUCACAAUAAUUGCCUUUAGCGAGAGAGAGCGUCUCUCCUUCUUGUUUUAUUUAUUUUUACCUUUUUUAUCUAUUUGCAGAGUUUUUCAGUUCUUGCUUUCUUUUUAUGUAUUUUAAUUAUCUAAGUUAAAAGCCACUUAAUAUUUUAAGCUCUCUGCGAAAUAUAAUCAAAUAAAAACAAGAAAUGCCACGUUA